UGUUAUUGAAAGGUCAAGUAAGGUGAGCCAGGAAAGUGUCCUGGAUUCAGUAACAUGGCACCAGGCAUGGUGGCUCACAUUUGUUAUCCCAGCACUUUGAGAGGCCAACAUAGGAGGAUUGCUUGAGCCCAGGAAUUGGAGACCAGGCUGGAAUACAUAGGAAGACUCCGUAUCUACACAAAUUAAAAAUAAAAUGUUAGCUGGGAGUGGUGGUGUGAAUCUGUGAUCCUAGCUAAACUCAAAAAAAAAAAAAAAAACCCAUGGAAGCCAUUGAUAAGCUUAGAAAGAACUGAUGAUGUGGCAAUAUGGGGGCAGAACUCAGAUUGGAGCGUGCUGAGGAAUUGUUCCUGGACCAAGCCGAGGGUCGGACUGCUUAUUCUCUCAGCCCAAUUACAAGAUGCAGGUGAACUGGGAAAGAAGAGAGUUUUUAUUUCUGUAACCAGGUGCAGGGAGAAGGCCUGGAAAUUAUCACCAGACCAACUCAAAAUUACAAAGUUUUCCAGAGCUUACAUACCUUCUAAGCUAUAUGUCUACGUGUAAGUGUGCAUUCAUCUAAAGACAUAAGUGAUUAACUUCUUCUAAUCUAUAACUAAGUUCUGAGUCCUGAAGACCUUCCUCUGGAGCCUCAGUAAAUUUACUUAAUCUAAAUGGAUCCAGGUGCUGGGGUGAUUACCCUUAUCUCCUGCUAAAUCAUGGAGGUUUGGGGAGUUCCUUCAGACCCCUAAUAAAAUGUGCUUAAUCUUUUAAAAUUUUAUUUUAUUGUUUUGAGACAGAGUCUCACUCUGUUGCCCAGGCUGGAAUGCAGUGGCUCAAUCUCGGCUCACUGCAACCUCCACCUUCCAGGUUCAAGUGAUUCUCCUGCCUCAGCCUCCCAAGUAGCUGGGAUUACAGGUGCAUGCCACGCCCGGCUAAUUUUUGUAUUUUUAGUAGAGACGAGUUUUCACCACAUUGGCCAAGCUGGUCUCAAACUCCUGACCUCAAGUGAUCUGCCUGCCUCGGCCUCCCAAAGUGCUGGGAUUACAGUCAUGAACCACCGCGCCCGGAGAAACUUGUUUAAUCUUAAAUGGGUCCUGUUAAGAACGCCUUCCUUCUCUUGUCACGCUUCAAGGCCCAGGAAAGACCUAGGCAAAACUCUUGGUGUGCUUUUGUUACCUUCCAGCCUUUGUAUAAGGGCACUGGCUCUCUCAGCUUUUAAUAGUUAGCUUAACCACGCAGUCAGUGCUGAAACAGUUGUUAGGGAGGCCUGCCUCUUCAGCCGUUAGGGAGACCUGGCUUGCCACAGAAUGAGUAGGAGACGAGAGCACGGAGAGAACUAGUAUAGAGAGCUCUACUAAGAAGCUGGGCUGUGAGGAGUGGGUAGAGAAACCAGUGGCAACAGGACAAGGGUAGGAGAAGGGCAGGGUGAGGGUACCUGGCAGAAAGAUGCAACAGCAGGCUGGAAUCUGGCCAGGCUCGUGCCUUCAAGCUGUUAACCUUGGACUGGGGCUGUGGCCUGAAGGAAGGGGUACUUAUUUGAAUGGGGUCAGCCCCCUUGCAAUUCAUCUGUCUGGAGGGGGCACUUUCUGAUUCUCACAAGGGUACUGUAUGUGUUAGCAGCAGCUACACUAAAGGAGGAUGCAAAUCAAUGGGACUUUAAAGAGAGGGAGAGAGGAAGAAACAGAGAAAGAGAUCAAACUGUUUAAUUUGCACAUCAGUGGAAAUAAUCUGGUUGAGAGGGUGUAGUUGAAUAGGGAGGAGAAAUGGUGAUUGAUAGGAGGGACCGGGGCCUACUCUAUUGUACCACUCUAUUGUGAAAAAUGGAUAGCAGAUCUAGUAACUUAGGUGUGAUAGAAAUCACUUAAUAGAAAACAACUUUAAUUCUGAUUGAGUUUUCCUUCUGCUACGAUGACAGACCCUUGAUUGACCUUAUUAAUUCCUAGGGUUCCUCUACUCCCAAGGUUGUACUCUUGAUCUCCCCUGGUGGAGAUAAGUAGAUAUGCUUUCUAUGUUUUAUUAACUUUACAACACCUUCCCCAAGCUGGUGAAAGGAAGCUCUCAGUUCCUUAUUCAUUAGCCUGAUGAAACAGAGCAAAACAUAUCUUUUUUGGUUCUGUUUUGAAUUUUAGUAACUCUAGUCUUCAUCUGCCUGUUGGACUUCCUGUCCCUUUUUCAUCUAUCUUUGGGUACACAUUUCUUCUUACGGGUCCUUUUAAACACCAAGCUCCUGAGAAAGGUCACCAUUCUACCACUUUGAUUCUGUAAAUGUCUUUUGCUCAGAGGUGCCAGAACAGGCUGGGUUAUACUGUGGUAACAACCCCCAAAUCUCACAAUCCCAGGAGGUACAUGGGUACUAAGAAUUAUUCACAUUUUACAAAUGACCAAACUGGGCCCCAGAGUAUUGUUAAAAUGUGUAGAGCCCAUCAGCUGGUGAAACCCUAAGGAACACAACACUUAGAAUUUCACAAAGGCUAGACUUUAUGAAAUGUGCUGCGUGAAUGCAGUAGUAUCUCCAACCGCCCUGGACCACUCUGCCACGUACAAUCUUGUAUCUUUUAGUCCAGAACUCAGUAACAUCCACUCCAGGGCUGAUGGGGGCGCUGGAUGUAGAUAGUGGCGAGUGGUUAUCUGCCUAGGAUAGCGAUGGCUAGGCAGGGGACAUAAAACAGAAGAGGCAGUGGCCUUCUCCGGGUGGGGUCUAUGGCCCUUUACUGGAUACAUUCUGUACACACAGGCCCCUCCUUUGCCUGAAGUCAUUGAUGAAGACUUCAUUACGGAGGGUUUGGGGAAAGGUGGGGGUCUGGCUCCGUAAGCCGGCGUCCCAACCCCGCUACAGCCCCGCCCAGAUCUGGCAGAGCCGUGGGCGAACCCAGGCGGGCAGAAAGGCGGGGCGGGCGGCUGCCAAGCCGGCCAAUAGGCGGCUCUCCGGCGGCUGAGCCGAGAGGGCAGGGGCGCCGUCAGUAGCACCACCGCCUUCCAAGUUUCCCCUUGUGGAUGCGCGGCCCCGCGGCUCUGCUCCUCCCGGCGCAGAGGGGCCGGGAGAGGCCACAAGAGCGGACCUGGGACGGGAUUUCUGAGGAACGAGAGAAGACUGGCGCCCGACCCGCUCUGGAGGGUCGGUGAACGAUGAAGGGCCGGCGGCGGCGACGCCGAGAGUACUGCAAGUUCGCGCUGCUGUUGGUGCUGUACACGCUGGUGCUGUUGCUCGUCCCCUCCGUAUUGGACGGCGGCCGCGACGGGGACAAGGGCGCCGAGCACUGCCCCGGCCUGCAGCGCAGCCUGGGAGUGUGGAGCCUGGAGGCGGCGGCGGCCGGCGAACGCGAGCAGGGCGCGGAGGCGCGGGCCGCCGCGGAAGGGGGCGCGAACCAGUCCCCUCGGUCCCCAAGCAACCUCAGCGGCGCUGUCGGGGAGGCGGUGUCUCGCGAGAAGCAACACAUCUACGUGCAUGCCACCUGGCGCACCGGCUCGUCCUUCCUGGGCGAACUCUUUAACCAGCACCCGGACGUUUUCUACUUGUAUGAGCCCAUGUGGCAUCUAUGGCAGGCGCUGUAUCCGGGCGACGCUGAGAGCUUGCAGGGCGCGCUGCGCGACAUGCUGCGUUCGCUCUUCCGCUGCGACUUCUCCGUGCUGCGGCUGUACGCGCCGCCGGGGGACCCUGCUGCGCGCGCCCCGGACACGGCCAAUCUUACCACGGCCGCCCUCUUCCGCUGGCGGACUAACAAGGUCAUCUGCUCGCCGCCACUGUGUCCUGGCGCACCCCGUGCCCGGGCCGAGGUGGGCCUCGUCGAGGACACCGCCUGCGAGCGCAGCUGCCCACCCGUGGCGAUACGCGCCCUGGAGGCCGAGUGCCGAAAGUACCCGGUGGUGGUCAUCAAGGACGUGCGCCUGCUCGAUCUGGGCGUGCUGGUGCCCCUGUUGCGUGACCCAGGCCUCAACCUGAAGGUGGUGCAGCUUUUCCGCGACCCGAGGGCGGUGCACAACUCGCGCCUCAAGUCUAGGCAGGGACUGCUGCGCGAGAGCAUCCAGGUGCUGCGCACCCGCCAGAGGGGCGACCGCUUCCACCGUGUGCUGCUGGCGCACGGCGUGGGUGCUCGCCCCGGGGGCCAGUCUCGCGCGCUGCCCGCCGCGCCGCGCGCCGAUUUCUUCCUGACCGGUGCGCUCGAGGUGAUCUGCGAAGCCUGGCUGCGCGAUCUGCUUUUCGCGCGCGGUGCGCCCGCCUGGCUGCGGCGCCGCUACCUGAGGCUGCGCUAUGAGGACCUGGUGCGGCAGCCACGCGCCCAGCUGCGCCGCCUGCUGCGCUUCUCCGGGCUACGCGCGCUCGCAGCGCUCGAUGCCUUCGCGCUCAACAUGACUCGCGGAGCGGCCUACGGCGCCGACCGGCCCUUCCACCUGUCAGCGCGCGACGCCCGGGAGGCGGUGCACGCCUGGCGCGAGCGCCUGAGCCGAGAGCAGGUGCGCCAGGUGGAGGCCGCCUGCGCUCCAGCCAUGCGUCUGCUCGCCUACCCUCGCAGCGGAGAGGAAGGCGACGCGGAGCCGCCCAGGGACCGGGAGACGCCGCUGGAGAUGGAUGCCGACGGCGCCACGUAGCCUCCCAUCCCUGUCCCCGGCACGGAUCCGGGGAUGGAGCAUGUGGUAGGCAGAAUAAUGGCCACCCCACCAAAGCUUUCUACAGCCUAAUCCCUGGAGCCUGUUACACUACCUGGCAAAAGGGGCUUUGUGGAUGGACUUAAGGUUAUCCAGGUAGGCCCAGUACAAUCACGUGGGCCCUUAAAAGUGGACAAGGAGGGCCAGGCAUGGUGGCUCACGCCUGUAAUCCCAGAACUUUGGGAGGCCGAGGUGGGCAGAUCACUUGAGGUCAGGAGUUCGAGACCAGCCUGGCCAUCAUGGCGAAACCCGUCUCUACUGAAAAUACAAAAAUUAGCUGGGUGUGGUGGCACGCACCUGUAAUCCCAGCAACUCAGGAGACUGAGGCACAAGAAUUGCUUGAACCUGGAAGGCAGAGGUUGCAGUGAGCUGAGAUCACAUCACUGCACUCCAGCCUGGGCAAUAGAGCAAGACUGUGUCUCUCUCAAAAAAAAAAAAAAAAAAAAAAAAAAAAAAAAGGACAAGGAGGAGGGCAAAAGAGUCAGAGGAAGGAAUGCAGUAGAAUAAAGGGCGGGAGAGAUUCAGAGCUUGACUCGCCCCACUGUUGCUGGCUUUGCAGCAAGAACACAGGAAAGGACCUCAGUCCUACAACCACAUGGAACUGAAUUCUACCAACAACCUGAAUGAGCCUGGAAGUGGCUUCUCCCCAGAGCUUAGCCUUGCCAACACCUUGAAAAACUUGAAGCAGAGAAACCAGCUGAGCCCACCAGGUAUCUGAUCUACUGAACUGUAAGGAUGACAAAACUGUAUUGUUUUGGCUAGGCAUGGUGGCUCAUGCCUAUAAUCCCAGCACUUUGGGAGGCCAAGACAGGCAGAUCACUUGAGCCAAGGAGUUCAAGACCAGCCUGGCCAACAUGGCGAAACCCUGUCCCUUAAAAAAAAACAAAAACAAAACUGUAUUGUUUUAAGCCACUAAAUUUGUGGUAAUUUGUUACAGCACUCACAGACAACUACUACGGAGCAGAAGAGUAAAUAAAUGAUGUCACUUGAUUUGGGCCUGAUAUGCUUUUUUUCUUUUUCGGACAUGGAGUCUCGCUGUGUCACCCAGGCUAUAGUGCAGUGGCGUGAUCUCGGCUCACUGCAACCUCCACCUCCCGGGUUCAAGCGAUUCUCCUGCCUCAGCCUCCCAAGUAGCUGGGAUUACAGGUGCCUGCCACCAUGCCCAGCUAAUUUUUGUAUUUUUAGUAGAGAUGGGGUUUCGCCAUGUUGGCCAGGCUGGUCUUGAACUCCUGACCUCAGGUGAUCCACCUGCCUUGGCCUCCCGAAAUGCUGGGAUUACAGGCAUGAGCCACCACGCCCGGCCUGGACCUGGUAUGUUUGGGCUCUGUGUACCCCCACAAGUCUCAUCUCAAGUUGUGAUCCUAAGUGUUGGAGGUGGGGCCUGGUAAGAGGUGGCUGGAUCAUGGGGGCAGAGUGCCCCCUUGCUGUUCUUGUGAUAGUGAGUGAGUUCUCACGAGAUCUAGUUAAAAGUGUGUGGCACUUCCCUCUUGCUCUCUCUCUCUCCUGCUCCGCUAUGGUAAGAUGUGUUUGCUUCCCCUUUGCCUUCGCUAUGAUUGUACGUUUCCUGAGGCCUCCCAGCUAUGCUUCCUGUACAGCUUGCAGAACUAUGAGUCAAUUAAACCUUUUCUUCAUAAAUUACCCAGCCUCAGGUAGUUCUUUAUAGAAGUGUG